AUGAAUGUAAAUGGAUCAAUUACGAUUCGGAAUUAUGCUUUCCAAGAUGCUGAUAACAUUGAAAUAUUAAAUUUGAUUUGCUCAGGUGGAGUAUCAAUUCUGGAAAAUGCGUUUAAUUCAAUUGAUAAUUUAUUAUCAUUAAAUAUAGAAUGCAAUUCGAAUAUUAUACUCAAUUCCAAUUCUUUUUCUUUAUGCCCAAAUCUAACUACUUUAACCAUUCAUAGUAAUUCAUCAGUUGAACUUUCAUCAGCAUCUUUUUAUAAGUGUUCAGCGCUUGAAACUAUAACAAUAAAUAGUGGUGGAAACGUUAAUAUCAAUAGUAAUUCAUUUGAAGAUUGUGGAAAACUCAAAUUUGCAAACUGUAAAUCUGAUGGUUCAAUGACUAUUUCUUCUGCAUUUAUUAAAUGCUAUAGUUUGGAAUCAAUUAAAUUUUGUUCAAAAAUGAAAUUACAAUUAAAUGCAAGAGUUUUUGAGAGCAUUUCAUCAUUAUAUUCAGUUGAUAUAAAAUCAGAAUCAAUAGUUGAAUUCAGUAUGAAUUUAUUUAAAAAUUGUUUUAACCUGACAGAUUUAAGAAUUUCUGCUGGUUAUUUAACAAUUCCAGAUCAGUGUUUUUAUUCUUGUUAUAAUAUUCGAUCAUUUAAAGUUCAUUCAACUUGCAAAAAUAUUAAAACAAUGGCUUUUUAUAACUGCACAAGUCUAAUUAAUUUCGAAUUUGAUGAUUCUAAUUCAGCAAUCUCAAUAGAUUCUAAUUCAUUCCAAAAUACAAAUGCCAUUAAUAUUUAUAUAGGACGUGAUAUUGAAUAUGCAUCAAACUUACCAUGGGAAAAUUCAGCAAUAUCGAUCAAAUUUGACUAUAAUUCAACUAUUAAAUCAAUUGGAUUCAAUAAAUGGAAGAAUCUUGUUCAAAUAUAUAUUGGAUCAAAGAUAUUAAAAAUUGAAGAUUUGACAUUUAGUUCAGCCUCAAAUUUGAAAACACUCAUAUUCGAAGAAACAAUGACACCAAUAGAAAUUAGCAUGAACACAUUCAAAACGAGUUUGAAUAUUGAAACAUUAGUUAUUCAUCGUCCAUUAAAUUUGGAAUAUAUUCCAAAUGGUCAUAAAUUCAGAAAUAUUUCAUUUUCAAAUGUUGGUGAUGUCUUAAGCAGUAUGUUCUUUAAUUCAGAAAAUUUAUCAUAUGUGGCUUUAGGCAAAGGAAUUACUUCAAUUGGAAACCGUUGUUUUUACUCAACUAGUAUCAUAGAAAUAAAUUUAAUUGGUUGUUUGGACCUCAAAUCAAUUGGGAGUGAGGCAUUCAAAUCAUGCCAAUUACUUGAGAGAGUUAGGUUGUAUCCAUCUGUAGAAAGAUUAGGUGAAUCAUGUUUCGAAGACUGUCCCUCAUUAAAAUAUAUUCCUCUUCCGAAAAAAAUGUCAUUCAUAGGUGAGAAAUGUUUUGCAUCUUGUUACAGAUUGCGUGAUAUCAUAAUUCCUCCACAAUUAGAAAUCAUAAAUCCUUCAACUUUUAUGUCUACAGCUAUUGAGAGAAUUAAGUUAGACUAUGGAGUAUUUGUUAAUAAAGAUGCAUUUAAGAAUUGUACAAAUCUUAAAACAGUUGAAAUAUUCGAUCAUUGUACACUUUAUAUUGCAUCAUUCAGUCUUUGCAAUGCAAUUGAACAUGUCGUUUUCUAUGAAUAUGUAACAAUAUAUGAAGGAGCUUUCGAUAAAAUUAAAAAUGUUUCAUAUUAUGGUCUUGUUGAUUAUUGGAGUGAUGACACAUAUAAUCAGCUUCAUGCGUUAAAUAUAAAAACAAUUAAUAUCAUUCCAGAAUAUGUAUCCACAAAAUAUGCCGAUAUUCCUGUGAGAUUCGUUAAUUUUUCAAAUAAUUAUUAUCAACAAUAUAAUCCAAAUGAUUCUGAUAUUCAAGAACUUCCGAUAUCAGUUCCAAAUCCAGGAAUACCAUUCUAUCGACAAUACAGGAGACUAAAUGUAAAAAGAAGAAGGUAA